AGUGCUUCCCCGUCUGUCGGAGGGUGCUGUGCCUUCAGCUGAACGGGCGAUACGUCUGACGUGACUGCGUCACUCGCGACUGGCCACGUGCUUGCCGGCAUUUGGCUCCGGCGAUUUCUCACCGAGUGACAACUGAUAAUCGAUAACAGUUUGUUAAUAUUUUAUAAAAAGUGAUCAACUGUAUUGAUUUUUUCUGUGGUUAUUCACGAAAUUCGUAUGGACAUGGAAUUGUUUUGUGCGGAAAGAUUGCAAGACAGUCAAAUAGCUGAAAGAGAUCCGACAAUAUUCGAAGACAUGCGUGUUCUUCAGAACCUUUUAGAUCUUGAAAGUUUGUACAUCCCAUCGUGUAAUUAUUUUGAGACUAUACAGAAAGAUCUGCAACCUUUCAUGCGAAAAGUUGUUACGACGUGGAUGUUGGAGGUGUGCGAGGAGCAACGCUGCGAGGACCAGGUGUUCCCGCUCGCCGUCAACCUCCUGGACCGGUUCCUGUGCGCGUGCGCCAUCUCGCGGCGCCAGCUGCAGCUGGCCGGCGCCGUGUGCCUGCUGCUCGCCUCCAAGGUCCGCCAGUGCCACGCGCUCUCCGUCGACCUGCUCUGCGCGUACACCGACCACAGCAUCACCCCCGCCGACAUGCGCAGCUGGGAGCUGCUGGUGCUGGGGAAGCUGCGCUGGGAGGCCGUGGCGGUGACGGGCUACGACGUGGCCGACCACGUGUUGGCGCGUCUCUCCACCCCCGCGUCCGCGCCCCCGCCUCUGCGCCUGCACCCGCUCACUCGGCAGCACGCCAUCACCCUCGUCGGCUUCUGCUACGUCGAGCCUGAAUUCAUCCAGAGCCCGCCGUCGCUGCUGGCCGCCGCGUCCAUCUGCGCAGCGGUGCGCGGCUUGCACCCGGGCGCCAGCACCCACGUGCUCAGCAGCAUGGCCCGCACGGUGUGCGCCAUCACACGCGCCGACCCGCAGGCCACAGAGGCCGUCAUCAGGCACAUCGAACGCGCUCUAGCGGCUGAAGUGGCGAACCAACAGCAACAGCUGCCGCCGCAGGCAGCGCCGCUGCCGGGCUACACGCCAGCCCCCGGCGCGGCGCUGCAACCCACCGCGUCAGCCAAAAUGGCCGGCGUCGUGCCCGAGGAAUCGGAGGUGGAGGAGGAUCGACAACCAGAGACUCCUAUCGACGUGCAGGAUGUGCACUUUUGAGGCGCCCUCCCCCUUCCUUUCCGAUCUCCAAAUCCAUUAGGCCUCUGCUAUGCGGAGAAAUGGAAAUCACUCCCUGAGCCAGUAGGACUCCCUUGUGCACUUUUGAUACUUUAAUGAUACGAAAACACCCUGUUAUCAAGGCUUUCAUUCCUUGAAGGAAAUCAGUGAUGAUCUGUCCUGAUGGGCUUUAGUAGCAAAGCAACUUCGUGUACUAAUCUUCUUUGUUCAUACUAUUAUCGUAUGGAUGACUUGGACUCGUUUCUAUCUCGAUGUUAAUCGGAAGUACUGAUUAAUCAAAAUAGUUGCCUCAGUCGAAAAGUGCAAAACUAAUGAUUAUAUGUAAUACUCGAACUUCCGUUACAUGUUAAUGAAAGUGAUCAUUGAUCGCCGAAACUUACUGUUGUCUUUUAAUAUUCAGUUUACUUCUUAAAAAUAUAAUUACUGUUGUAUCUUAAUAAAUGUUCAGAUAAUAAUGAAAAGUCUUAAUAUUUGUUGAAGUAUUUGACAUCGUGUUUAAUAUCGGAAACUGUUAAUUAGCUGUCUUUCAUUUAAAUGGCUUCUCUAAAGAAUGACAUUAUUGUUAACACAAAUCAUGCAAAAUAAAUUCUCACAAUUGUGGGGAAAUAAGAAAAAUACUUUUUACAAGGAGUUACAGGGUCUUCCUGAAUCAUAUGGAAUGAACUGAGAUGAUGAAAGUAAACUUAAAUAUCUGAAUAUUGAGCAAUCAAUGGAAACAUUUUUAUGUAAAUGACCUGUACCCCCCCCUUUUUUUAUAAAAAAGAUAUAGAAAAGAUAGAUUUUUCUUAUAAAAAAGAUAUUUGUUUGCAGUUGUUCACUCUGGAUAAUCAAUAAUGUACUUGCUGAUUGUACCUGUCACAUUGAAUCUUAUUUUGUUUUGUGUGUAUUUUUAAACAUUUUUUCCAGCUAGAGAAGUUAACAAACACUUAAGUUAUCAUUGCCAUGCAUUUUAUCCCUUUAACUUUUUCUGAUAAUUGCCUUUUUCAAUAUCUAUACGUAACACAGGAUCACUGCCUUUUGUAUGCCAAUUUAUUUUGUAAUGUUAUUUUUUUGUAAAUCCACAAUGAAAUGCUAUAACUGAACUAAUAAUUUGUAUUGACAUAUUUUAGUCUGUAACAGUUAUUGGCACAUACAAUUAGAAUCACCUUUCUCCAUAGCUGUGAAUAGUGAUAAAAUACUUCAUGCAGCACUAUUAAUCAAGAUAAAGGAAAAUGAUUAUGACAGAUCCAAAGUAUUUUUCUUGUUGGGAGAAAUAUUAUGUGUUAAAUGUAAUACUGGUGUCACCACAACACUUAAAGUAUUUGAUCUGGUUUCAGUCAACAUUUUUUGUUUUAUUUUAGAAAAUAUGUUUUUUCUCUUUGUAAGAUUAUUGUUUAACACUGAUAAAGAUAGUAAUAUAUGAUACACCUGAAGUCAUUUUUGAGAAUGUUUUGAAAAAGAAACUGUAUUACAAAUACAUAGUGUAUUUG